AUGUUCCCCUUCUACACCUGCCGCCUGCCAGAAUUACAGAUGAUGAGGUCUUCGCCUGGGGACUACUCGCUGCAGGCAGCCAUCCCCCAUCGCUUUACCAUCACCCUUCGGCUACGUGCUCGACUUUUCUCCGUUAUCAGGAGAGACAAACAGUGUAUUCGCACCUCGCCUAAAGCUAUUGAGAGCUCGGUUUCGGUGCUUUGCCCCUCUACAACGCCAACAAAAGCUUCUUGGGCGCAGACCGUGGUUCCCGUUGAGCCCGGCGCGGUUUCGAGCGCAUGUGCAGCACCAACUGGAAAGGAGAAAUCCCAACAACUCUUUGUUCCCGUCAGGAUCACUAUUAGCGGGCGCCUGAGCUAUCUUUCUACCUUCCUCAAGUCGGUAGGCAAAGGUGCGCCUAGCCGCCUCGAAAGUGAUGGGUUGCCUUUUAGGAAGGGGAAACUUGUUAGCGGAGCUUCAAAUAUUAAUGGGUCUUCCGUAUGCCCUGCGGGGUUUACUGGGGAAAAAGGUUGUUCUAAUCAUACCUUUUCGCGCGGGCUGUCUGAUUUGCCGUACUGCACCUGUCGCCCCCCCAACUACACCACAACCACGGUUAUACCUGGGUCGAAGGGUCCUGAGAGAGAUCAAGGGACGCUUAGUAGGGAUUCUGCUUCUACUGAGGAGCGACACAAUAUGUCACUCGGCACAAACACAACAGAGGGAACAGAUACUUAUGAUGCUGCUCCCGAAAAUUAUGUUGAGGUUGCUCCCAGUCCUACUCUCACCCUUGCCUCGUCUUCUGUCCCUACUCUUAGGCCUACUCAUGAGGUGGAGGUAAGAAAGGUUUCACGAAAAUCGGUCAUGGAAAGCGACUUCCUACACUUCUACAGCACCCUAAAACCGUACAUCGUCCAACGCGAGCUUCCAUCUCGCUCUGUUGAGAGAGUACCUCGCCCGGUUGACGAUGGUCCCUUGCCAGAACAUGACGGUCUUCGGGUAUUAGAAAAAGGGCCCUUUACCACUCCGGCCGGCGGGACCAGUGCUCCUGAGGUGCAAGAGCCGCCAUCCGAGCCCCCGCCAUUGCCAAAGAGUGUUGGCGUGUUUCAUGAGAAAGAUACUGAGAUCAAGCGUGCUGACCCAUGCCUGGCUUCGGUGCUAGCAGCACCCACAGGCUCUAUCAGUCGCCAGUUAAUAUCUCAGCCCAUCGCACCACGCGGGCUUCCCGACGAAGUUCUCGGAAAAAUAAUGACAUGGGAUCUUGACGUUCUUCAUGCACGUACCGGGAUCUCGCAGACAUUGAGCUCAUCGCUCCACUCUGCGCAAAACAAGUGGCAGAUUCUAGCAUUUGACUGGGCAUUCAAGACGGGUGAUGCAUCCAUGUUUCGUGACAGCUAUAGCUUCGCAUACAACAAACCUUUGGCGUUGCGACUGCCUUGCCCAUCGCCUCGCAUAACCGAGCUUGAGGUUGAGAGUGGGCCCGUUCUACGCAAAGCUGCCAGCGAGAUCCAACCCUGUGAUGGUGGGGGGAGCGGGAGUAGCAGCAGCACACAGGCUCGACAAGGGUCCGGGUCGAGAGCUCAUUUACAACAAUCGAAGUCUACUCAGCCCUCACAUGGUAGAAAGCGGGCGAAUGAUGGUGAUGGUGAUGAUCGCAAGGGCAAGGGGAGGGGGAGGAGAGAAGGGCCACCUGUCGGUGGUGACCCGCCGCCCCCUGGCUCCGAGGACGGGGGUGUCCACUGCCCGUACUGGGUGAGAUACCGGCUGAAUUGUAAGAAAAAGUCUUGCAUCAAUCGGAAGAAAAACCUCAGUAAACUCAAAGAACACCUUAGGAGAGCUCAUUUCCUGCAUCUUCGUUGCCCUUUUGAGAACUGUAAGUUUCACGCGGGCGACAAGUUUCAGGUUAAAAGGCAUCAGAAAACUGCCCAUGUCGGUCAGGCUGAACUGGAACCAAUCCUGCGGACUACGGAUUCUAAACUCCGCAGGAAGAAUGAGGCCUUGGGAACCAGGAACCUAAAUUGGGACCAAAUAUAUGAAAUCUGUUUCAGGGAGGAACCCGACGACCCGGUAACUGAGCUCAUGGUGAGCCCUGAUGGAGCUGAUUUCGAGAGCGAGGGCGAGGAAGAGGAAGAAGAAUUUGAGGAUGAAGAAGACGAUGAGGAUCUUGGAGCCCAAGGAGGCUAUGGCGGCCGUGAGGCUCCCGAAGAAAAUGCAGAGUAUCGGGGUAGACAUACCGGCGAUCCUGGUUCCGCGGUUGCUGUUGAGGAAAAUCACCGGGAGAACCCUAUUCCUCCCACUCCUUUCAAAGCCAGCCAGAGCAUGCUCAGCAAUGGGGCUCCAACAAUUCCCGAUACCCCUGAACUUGCCCCGAUGAGUGAUGAAGGCCACUCGCUUGAUCCUUCCAAGACUCGCUGGUCUGGCCUGUUCGGUGAAAACGAAGGUCUCCCUUCUCCUGCCCCCGACCGCGACAACUUCCCUAGCUUCCAGCAGCCUCUCUUUUCAAGCGCCGGAAAUAUGAUCCCUUGGGAAGCAGUUGAGGAGCAUACCCAUGGGAAGUUUGAGGAUUUCCGUAGGACUUUACUCGAGGAUCUGAAGGCUCGUCAUGGAACUUCGCCGAAAACCGCUCAGCAGUUCAACCAUGUUCUGCUAGAUGUAGAGAGGAUCUUUGGCGGUAUGCAUCACAUAGCGAAGCUUGCGCCAAGGCUGCCGGACGGUGGGAGCGGGCCUGUUGCUUCCCACACUAGAGACUCAUACUCGUAUGUAGCGCAGCCCGCUGGCCAAAGCGAGGUCCCGCUUAAUUAUUAUGCGUCUCGGGAGUUGUUCCAAGGCCCGGCGAAUUUCCCGGUUAGAGACGACAACCUAGCCCUGCCGUCGCUCACUACCGCUGACACCUUGUCGUUACACGACUCGGCACGGCCCGGGGCGGCUCCCCAGGAUCUCGUUCUGGAUGGCGUGCCCGCUCUUGGGCCCCGGCCUGCCAUGGCUUCUGACCCGGUAGGCUCCGGUAUGCCACAACCCCAAGCUGGACCCAGUACUCGUAGAGUGCGUGACAACUUUGGUAAUGUCUUGGCUCACUGGAACAACGAGGGUCUCUGGUCUGUUGGCGGCGAUCCAUCCGAUAUGCAGUCCAGCUUUGAUUUCGCAAAUGCCAAUUGGUGGAUGGAAAGCGGUCAAGAUGGAGAGGGAGAAGGAGGAGGUUUUUGAGAUUUUCCUUCUUCCAUUUUCUCUUGUAUCUUUUGACAGGGGGAGUUGGUUUCCUUUUUCCUUCUUUUUUUUCCGGUUAACGAUGCUUGGGUCGGCGGUCUCUGGUGUGUUUUGCGCAAAGAACGAUGUGCUCUCUUCUCUUUUGCAUGUACUCCUUUUGAUUAGUGGCGUUGUUGGGGUUUAAGGUUGGAAAAAGUUUUAUAUCACGUCGUACCCAAAAGUUGGUUUUUUUUUUUUUUUGUUUUCCUUUCUCCCUUUUUUCUUUUCGUGAAUCACAUUCAUGUGCAUUCAUUCCAUCCUAUUUCCUUCCUUUUUUUUCUCUCCCUCCGAUCCUAAAAACAAAAAAAGAAUGUGUUUUAUGUUGCGCGAGUAGUUUUUAUUUUAUUUUAUUUUUAUUUUUCUCUUUCUCCUUUUUUUUUUUAUUCACUCCUCUCACUCCCCUAAGUUAUAUCGAUGUUUUUUUUGCGGACGGGACUUCGGGGGAAGGUGACAAAUUAGUAUCCUGGAGGCGUCGCAUUGCUCGAUAUCUUUUGGGGGGGUUGGUUGACUGGUGGGAACGUGGGUGGUGAUUACCAAUGGGGUAGAAGAAGAAAAAGAAAAAAAGAAAAAAAGAAAAAAAGGGAUGACCUACCC